CUUCUCUUUCUCCCUUCCUCACCCCUCAAGUCCAAGCCUCAUCAAGCUGCCCUUCUUCUUCGAGGCGCAUCGGUCACGCCACGUCUUUCAUUGAAGCGCUUGCCUUCCAACGAGCUCAGCACCGGGCACCUCAAGGUGGGGCGGGGGCGCGCCGCCAAGAGAGCCUCUCUCGCGCAUCCCACCCAUGUCGAUGCGCAACACGGCGCGCGCCGCCAGCGCCGCGGGCGCAACAGCGGCAGGCAGCAGCAGCAGCAGCAGCAGUUCGCCUCAGCGCCGCCGCAGCGAGCACAGUGCAUCGCGAGCUCGAGCGAGGCCGGCGUCGGCGUCGGCGUCGGCGGCGGCACAUGCAGGGGCAAUGCCCGCGUCUGGCGCCGAAACGACGGCCGCCGACGCAGGCGUGCCCGACUCGCAGCUCGCGCAGGGAGAUGGAGGCGAGACUGAUCCUCUGUUAGAGACGGGCGCACAAAGCGACAGCGACAGUCUCGCCUUGCGCUGUCGUCGAGUGUCCAUCUAUCCCAUGGCCCAUCUCAUCCGUCGCGACAUCCGCGGCAUGAUCGACACGGCCCUCUCCUUCGACGAGCUGCACUCCGUCGACGUCAACUUCACCGUCGUGCGGCCCUUGGCCCUCAAGUAUGCACGCGCACAAAGCAUCGCCAUCAUCUACACGCUCCUCCUCGUGCGCUGCCACUUUGCCAGCGAAGCCGAGCGCGACCUGGCGUUUGCCAGUGUCAAUGCCACGCGAGCCAGUCUCUGCGAGUUGCUCGCCAUCAAACUCCUGCGCACUUUCUCUCGUGAUGGCCUAGAGCUAGUGACCGCCUUGACAGCGCCCUUCGAUGCCUUUUCCGGCGCUCCCUCUGCUCCUUCGCAGGCCUUCGCCGCCUCCUCUGCCCUCGACCUCGCCAUCGCCUCGUCGGCCAAGCGGCUGCUCAGCUGUGCGCUGGUGCAGCGCGUCGCCAACGGCAUCUGGGACGGCCGCGUCGUCGUGUGCAGCGUGGCCAGCCAUGCCAUUGUGGAUGACAGCUACAAACAGAGGCCGCUGGCCAUCUACGACCUCAGCAAGGCGCCGUUUCUCGAUCACUACCGCCUCAGAGUGCCAAAGAUUCGCGCCAUCAUAGAAGGCGCAAACUUCAUGCUGCUGUGUGCCUUUUACGUGCUUGCGCUGCGCCAAAAGGGCACAUCGCACUGGACGGGCUGGGAGACUGUCUUCGUCAUUUGGGUGCUGGGCUUUGCGCUGGACGAAGUGGCGCAGCUGCGCGAACACGGGUACAAAGUGUACACGGCGUCGCUCUACAACCUACUCGACGCCUUCUUCUGCGCCAUCGCCUUCACCUACCUCGGCAUUCGGCUCGCGGCCCUCUCGCAGCUGCACCCCGGCGCGGCACCCGAUGAGCGCAGCGCCCUCGCCUUUGACGUGCUCGCCGUCGCCGCCGUGCUGCUCUUUCCGCGCGUCGUGGCCACGCUCGUGGCGCAGGACAGCGUCAUGCUCUUGGCUCUCAAAGCCAUGGUUGCCGACUUUGUCUUCUUCAUGGCGCUCGCAGCCGUGUGCUUCUCCGGCUUCGCCUAUGCCUUCUACAGUCUCAACGACGCCUUUACCCUGCGCGAGAUUCUCUGGAUCAUGUUGAAGGUCUGGUUCGGCAACAGCUACGUGGGUUUUGAUGCGGCCGCUCAAAUAUCAGAGGUGUUUGGCCCGGGCCUUAUGGUGCUCUUUGCCGUGUUGGCCAACACGCUGCUCCUGACGGGCCUCAUCUCGCUGCUGAGCAACACGUAUUCCGUCGUGGCGGCCAGUGCGACGGAGGAGGUGCUCUACCAGCACGCGUGCAAGACAAUGGCCGGCAUCACCAGCGAUGCCCUCUUUAGCUAUCCGCCGCCGCUCAAUCUGCUCGCCCUCGCCAUCGUGCUGCCGGCAUCCUGGGUGCUUUCGCCUCGCUGGACACACAAGCUCAACGUCGCUUUGAUUCGCACCACCUCUCUGCCGAUCCUGCUGCUCAUCCGCGUCACCUCGCGCCAAGGCUUCCGCGACGGCCUCGAGCUGACGACGAGCCGAGCGUCGCGCGCCAUGGCGUGGCUGCCUCGGCGCGGCAAGGGCGAGCAGGACCUCGUCGACGCCCUCUUUGCGCGUGCUCCCGCCUCCGACGACGACAACGACGAGACGCACAUGCCUGCUUCCGCGCGCGGCACGUUUCGAGGACAGGAGGAGGAGGAGGAGCACGAGGAGCCGCCGCACGCGAGGCAAGAGACGUCGGCUAGCCCUCCUCGUACGCCGGCUCGAGGCAGUGCGCAGACCGCAGGCUAUGGCAGUACAUCUACCACACACUCCAGCAUGCAGCAGCAGCAGCGGCAGCAGCAGCAAGAAGCAGCCGUGCAUCGCAGCCGCGUCGACGACUCCUCGACGCAUCAGCCGCCGGCAAGCGCGCCUGCUGGUCCGGCGCGCGCGUCCGACGCCCAUUCUCGGCCUGCAAGCAGCGCCAUGGCGCGAGGCCUCGGCACCCUCUCCUCGCCCCUCGCGCGCUUCUUCUCCUCGUCCAACGGCGCCCUCGCACGCCGAGCUGCCGUUGUAGCACACUCGUCCGAGGAGCGCAGCGGCAGUACGCUCGAUGCGCAAAGCUCCGCUGCCUCUGCAUCUGCCGCAUCGCGCUUCUCGGGCCUGCCGAUCGACACUUGCAGUGCGUUCGAGGAGCAAGGCACGGCAUCGGGAGCAGGCUUGCAGAACGAAUUGCUUCAUGCCGUCAUGGAGAGGCUGGAGCUGCACGAAAAGCGAAGCAAGCGCAUCGAGGAACUGCUGCUACGCCUUGUUGAUCGCGAUGGCGAGUAGCGGGUGCAGCACGUCGACCCCCCCCCCCUCCCUCCUAGGGGGCGCGUCGGGCCCCUCGCGCACACACACCACGUGCGGUGACGUAUCUCAUGAAGACAUUAGCGAAUGAAGCGACG